AUGGAGGAAUCGGACGUAGGAGUUAAUCCUGGGAAGCAAAUGGAAGAGGAUAAGGCUGCGGGAGAAUCGGGAGACGAGGGUAAGAUUGAGAGGAGCCACUCUAUCAAUCUGAAUAGGGUGCCAGCAGUUGCUGUGGAGGCGAGGAGCACCCAGGGGAAUGGUGAGACGCACGGUGCAGCGGUGUCAGGAACCAAGGAUGCAGGCACCGGAAAGGCAGAGCAAUCCAGUGGUGAUGGUCAGGAGAAGUUACCCAAGUGUGAGCAAGUCGACUAUGAAAGUGAAAUUGAAGGCUGUGCAGAUGAUGAGAACCCUGUCAAGAAGGCUGCUCUAGUUACUUUGGUUGGAAAUGAAUAUUGUGGUGAUGAUGAUGAUGAUGAGAGAGUUCAAGUGCUCACCAUUGUCAAGAAGGAUGAGCCUGCAGAUGACAUUGGCGACUGUAUUAAUCCUGGGACGGUUGCAGGGUACAGUGAAGUGAAGGGUGGUGUAGGUGCUUCUGCCGCCACUUCUGCGGUGCGACCUGCUGGCUCCCGAUCAUCAAGUUUCCAUGGUGUGACCAGGCAUAGAUGGAGUGGGAAAUAUGAAGCUCAUUUAUGGGACAGUUCUUGCAGAGUAGAGGGACGUAGAAGGAAAGGGAAACAAGGAAGUUAUGAUACCGAGGAAAAAGCUGCCAGGGCUUAUGAUGUUGCUGCUAUUAAAUACUGGGGCCAAAAUACCAGACUAAACUUUCUGAUUGAACAAUAUGGAAAGGAAUUGGAGGACAUAAGGGAUUUGUCUCGAGAGGAAUGUGUGACAUACUUGAGAAGGAGGAGCAGCUGCUUUUCAAGAGGAGCUUCUAUUUACAGAGGAGUGACAAGAAGGCAGAAAGAUGGGAGAUGGCAAGCACGCAUAGGACUGGUUGCUGGAACUAGAGACAUUUACCUGGGAACAUUCAAAACUGAGGAAGAAGCCGCAGAGGCUUAUGAUAUUGCUGCCAUUGAGAUACGUGGCAAAAAUGCUGUGACAAAUUUUGACAGAAGCAACUAUGUCGACAAGGGUAUGCACUGUAUAGAAGGAGAAGGCUUGAGGUUGCUCGCAUCCAAGCCAGAAGAAUGA